UCUGCAGCCAUGAUGGACGGAAUCGAUGACAGUCCUGACCUCUUAGCCGAGGACAAUGUUAAGAGUCGAUCAGAUACAGUUGACCUGACAGAUACAUCAUUAGUUGUAGAUAUAUCAGAUGCUUUGAGUGAACGAGAUAAGGUUAAAUUUACAGUGCAUACUAAGACCACUUUAUUGCAAAGAUUUAAACAAGCUGAAUUCUCAGUAGUGAGACAACAUGAAGAAUUUAUAUGGUUACAUGAUAGAUAUGUUGAAAAUGAAGAAUAUGCCGGUAUCAUUAUCCCUCCUGCUCCCCCAAAGCCAGAUUUUGAUGCUUCAAGAGAGAAGCUACAAAGACUUGGUGAAGGAGAGGGGACAAUGACACGGGAAGAAUUUGUUAAAAUGAAACAAGAGUUAGAAGCAGAAUAUUUAGCCACAUUCAAGAAAACUGUAGCUAUGCAUGAGGUGUUUUUACAAAGACUUGCAGCACAUCCUGUUUUAAAAACUGAUGUUAAUUUUGAAGUUUUCUUAGAGUUUGAUUCAGAUUUAAGUGUACGUGGUAAAAACAAGAAGGAAAAAAUUGGUGGAUUUUUCAGAAAUAUUGGUAAAACAGCUGAUGAGGCACUUUUAUCACAACAUAAGGAUGUUGAUGAGUUUUUUGAAAAUGAAAAACAGUUUUUAGUUGAAUAUCAUAAUAAAAUUAAAGAUAGUACAGGGAAAGCUGAUAGAAUGACCAGAGUUCAUAAAAAUGUAGCAGAUACCUAUAUACAAAUAUCCUCAGCUUUAGUACAACUAGCAACAUUAGAAAAUACAGAAUUAGACAAAAUAUUUACUAAGGUAGCAGAGGCAUUAGAAAAGGCUAGGAAAUUAGAAGGUCGUGUAGCUACAGAUGAAGAUUUAAAAUUAAGUGAUACAUUAAGGUAUUAUAUGAGAGAUUCUGCUGCUGGUAAAGAUUUAUUAUAUAGAAGAGCUCGAUCUUUAGCUGAUUAUGAAAAUGCAAAUAAAGCUUUAGAAAAAGCCCGCACAAAAAACAAAGAGGUUCAACAGGCUGAGAGAGUACAACAAACCUGCUGCGAGAAAUUUGAGAAGAUUUCAGAAACGGCUAAAAAAGAAUUAACAGAAUUUAAAACUAGGCGAAUUGCUUAUUUUAAAAAGAAUCUUGUAGAAAUUACAGAGUUAGAACUAAAACAUGCCAAUGCUCAGAUUCAAUUACUGAAGAAUUGCAUAGGUGCAUUAAAGAAAGAAUCCUAGAGAAAUAUUGGUAGGGUCGUGCCUUUCAUAUCAUCUGAACACAUUUUGUUGAAAAGCUGUUUUUGUUUGUAU